CAGGAUUUCGUGCGGAGACCAGCAGCCCAGCCUGCGUCCGCCCACCGCCGCCGCUAACACCGGCUCGCAAUCGGAGGCCCACCUUCUUCUCGUCUUUCUGUCUGUCUGUGUCUUCUUCCUCUUCUCAGGUUCUUUUGUUGUCUGUCUGCUCUUCUUCCUCUUGCUCGCAUAUCCGCAUCAUCCGACUAUGUCUCCCCGGCCUCUGCUCUGAAACAAAGUUCGAUCAGCUGCAUUUUAGCCUCUGUAAAUGAUGUCUGCGGCGCAGACUAAUCAUGUCAGUCCGAUCAACGCGCAGGGCGAACACCACCAGCAUCCUCUCGCUCUCUACGACCGGCAGGACUUCUCCGCCGGCCCCGACCAGAACCGCCAGCAGAAGCUGCACCAGCAGCAGCAUCUAGUACUCGACCAGCAGCAGCAUCUGGAGGACAUCUUCCCCAGUUCCUCCGUCCAGCUCUACGGCUACGGUCCACCCCGUCAGCAGCACCAGCACCAGCACCAGCACCACCAGCACCAACAGCAGCUCCAUCUACAACAGUCCUCCCUCAACCAGCGCUACUAUCCCAACUACCUCCUCCAAAACCCAUCAAUCCUCGCCCCCGACCCCGCCUUCUCUCACCAGUCCACCACCAACCCCCUCGCUCUCGGCCCAUUCCCUCUCUCCCGCAACGAUCGCUACUCGUCAGCAUCAGACUCGAUCUCCGACAUCAGCCUAUCCCACCCCGCAGACCCCCACCCCGCUCCUUUUUCCCAACCCCCGGCCGCAGAGAGCAAACCCCACACGGCCGACCUUGACGAUAACAUCAACGACGACGAAGACGACGACGACGAUGCAAACGACGAUAGCACCGGCGGCGGCGCGCACGCGGAAGACGUCAAGCGCCGUACGCGGGUCACCGCCGAGCAGCGACUGCGCAUAGUCCAGCUCUGCAACGAACAUCAAGCACAGUUUGUCAACUACGAGCGCUUCUUUCAGGAAAUGAGAAAACUCUUUCGUGCAAAAACGGGCCUCAACGUCAAAGCAAUGCGAAAAUCAAUGGCAUACUGGUCCUCGCAGCACGAAGAGCGCCGCGCGCAUAUACUCCCCGACACACCACUGACAGAGUACGACAAGGAAAUGGACAGAUGGUGCCGCUUCAUCGACUCGGUCCGCGCCAAAAAGCGCGAAAAAAAAGCAUCCGCGGACGCUAUGCGCAUCGAGAGACUGCGCAGCAGACUCGGCGGCCAUCAGGUUCGGCCGCUGUCGACUCUAACUCUGGCUCAUGACGCAGCAGCCGAAGGGAGUAGUAGUACUAAAGAGAAUAACGAAAACAGCAACCCCGACGCCGGGAAAAAACAGGCGCAGCAGUUUGAUCCGCUCGGGAUCGUCAUCGUCCAGCUCGAUCAGGUUAGCAAGACUGUGGUCGAGCUGCAGCGGAAAUAUGAAUCGCUUGAGACGCAGUUCAAUGGGCUUGUGGACCAGGUCACUAGAGCUACGUCUCUGCUCAACGAGCUUUGCGAGAAAUUGCUAUGACAGCUUGUUUCUUUUUUGUUUUUUUGUUUGUUUCAGUAGGUGUAUUUGGUCAUUGUGUCUGGUGUUUGUUUUCAUUAUGAGUGGGUUUUGUAUUUACUUCCUGUAAGCAUCUUCAGUUAACAAUAUAGCCAUGCAACCCCUCCAAGUCUCUCAACUCUAGCAACGGACUUUAAACAGAGAUUUAUCAUCAUCAUCAUCUCUCAAAUCUACACAGAGCUAUCAUGCUUUUUCGCAACCCGUCUAUACGCAGCC